AGAUUAUAAAUAGACUUGCUCCAAACCAGAGCUAGAGAUGCUGUAUUGGUGAGAGUGGGUACCGAUCGCAGCUGAAGACCUGAAGAGAACUUGCUGCCGAGGACAUUUUGAAGGUUUUGUUGGCUGGAAGAGGCGUCUCUGGAAUUCCAUCCCAGAUCUUUCUUCAGGAUUUGAAGAAAAUUAAAUUAGGACCAUGGGGACACAGAAGGUGACCCCAUCUCUGAUCUUUGCUGUCUCUGUUGCUACAAUUGGCUCUUUCCAGUUUGGCUACAACACUGGAGUCAUCAAUGCUCCUGAGACUAUCAUAAAAGACUUUCUCAACUAUACUUUGGAAGAGAGAUUGGAAGACAUUCCUAGUAAAACAUUGCUUACAACCCUCUGGUCCUUGUCUGUGGCCAUCUUCUCUGUUGGUGGCAUGAUGGGCUCCUUUUCUGUUGGACUCUUUGUCAACCGCUUUGGCAGGCGCAAUUCAAUGCUUAUAGUCAACCUGUUGGCUAUUGCUGGUGGCUGCCUCAUGGGGUUCUGCAAGAUUGCUGAGUCCGUUGAGAAAGAGAGUGUUAGAAUGUCACAAGAAAAGCAAGUCUCUGUGCUGCAGCUCUUUAAGUCACCCAACUACCAACAACCCCUCCUCAUUUCCAUUGUGCUUCAGCUCUCCCAGCAGCUCUCUGGGAUAAAUGCUGUGUUCUAUUACUCAACAGGAAUCUUUAAGGAAGCAGGUGUUGAUGAGCCAAUAUAUGCUACCAUUGGAGCCGGUGUUGUUAAUACUAUUUUCACUGUAUAUGUGGCCUUCUUUGAGAUUGGACCAGGCCCUAUUCCAUGGUUUAUUGUGGCUGAACUCUUUGAACAGGGACCACGCCCAGCAGCCAUGGCAGUGGCUGGUUGUUCUAACUGGACCUCCAACUUUUUGGUUGGACUGCUCUUUCCCUCAGCUGCAGCCUAUUUGGGAGCCUAUGUUUUUCUUAUCUUCGCCGCUUUCCUCGUUAUCUUCCUGGUCUUCACCUUCUUCAAAGUCCCUGAGACCCGAGGCAGGACUUUUGAGGAUAUCACACGGGCCUUUGAAGGGCAUGGUAAUGAGUCCAAUAAUAGAGCUGGGAAAGGCUCUGUGGGGGAGAUGAACAGCAGCCAGCCUGCUAAGGAGAAUACCACCAAUGUCUAGUCAGACCUCCUUCCACCUCUCUCCCAACAUGGAAAGCAACCUCUCCCUGAAUAGAGAGAGAAACUUCAUCAGGAUGAACCCAGGACUGCUUCCGAAUGCUGCUACUUGAUUCCCUUCUCAUCCCUCAUACUUCUGAACACUCAGAUGAGCCCAGUGUUGGGGUUAGUCAGAUCUUCAAUGCUUUUUAAAUAUUUCAUUUCUUGGACAUUCUCUUCUGUUUAGGAGAGACCAAGUGAACCGACCUUCUUCAUUUCAGGAGGGAUUGGCUGCUUGGCAUAUGACAACGUUGCCAGCUCUUCUUCCCUUAGGUUCUAAUGCCUCACUGGGGCACAUAGGGGAGUAAAGAGUUAGGGUGCAGUUCCCCCAACCUCAGACUUGUCAGGAAGCAGAUAUACAUAGUGUGGAGGGUUAUGGGGAAUUAAAUAAGAGCACCUUCCUCACUUUCACACAGCUCUGCACAGCAAAGUAACUUGAGUUUUAUUUAUUUUAUCUUCUGGUUUUAUUGCAUAAAUAUUUAUUUUUUUAAGUGUAAAGUAAUUUUACCAAAUAAUGAAAAUAUAAGGAAAUAAAGGUUAGAGAGAGGUGUUUAAAGAGGUUCUAGGGCAAAGACAAUUUGAUACUGGAGAGGUACAACAAGAAGGAAGAAUUGAGGAAGAAAUAUCUGUUGGUGGAGGGUAUGUGAAAUGGUGCCUGAAAUCUGCAUGUUGCCUAAUGACAAUGUGUUUCAGACAGAAAUUUAGUUUGAUUUCUCAGUCAUGUGCCUGUAUAAAAAAGCUACUGGUUUCCUUUGGGAUUUUUCUUUAAGAUUAUAGUUUAUAGUAUUACUUGAAAUCUAAUGUUUAUUAAGAUGGGUGUUAUAGUUAAUGGCGGUUGAUGGGUUUUAAUUUUGGAUGGAGUCCAGAGAAGGGAAGGAUGUUUAUUUGCAGAAAGCCUUCCUAGUCCAAACAACUCCUUCCCCUGAUAGUGGACUCAUUUGCUUUAAGUAAUCCCAUCACCUAUCUGGCAGAGCCCUCCAAAUGAGAAACAAAAUUGGUUACUGCUUAGGUGUUCGGUAUUUCUUCACUUUGUUCUUUAAGAUUUUAUGUUUUAACUUGUUUUAAAGGGAUUAAAAGGAAAAUGUUUAUAGCUAAAUUGGAAUUUGUAACCUCAGCUCUGGGAGAGGGUUUUUUAUUUUUAAUUUUUUUUAAACAAUUAUCUAGUUUUAGUAUUUUUGCUCUAAGGUCAUGGCAUGCCAGUCUGUGUCUGUUACGUGUCAAAAUUAUCCUAUUACCAUGUUACCCUGAUACUAUAUCAGGUACCCUUAGGGGACUUGAAUCUUUCUGAUAGACACAUUUGAAAUAGUAUGAGUAAAUGUACAGUGUAGCCCACACUUGAGAGAAUAUGAAUGUAUGUGCACUGUCACUUUGCUCUGGUUGAAAGUAGUUUAUUGUUCCUUUGUUCCUAUAGUCUUCUUUUGGAUCGACUGUAUUAAAACUCAUCCCUAUCUACAUAGGUAACACUGCCUCUGCUGGGUGGAACUUUAGAUUUCUGGUUCAUCUGGCUACCUUUCCCUAUUGGAGUGGAGGACAGCUUCUACAUCUUGAGGUUGAGGGUGGAGGAGGGUUCAGCCUUACUACAGAUGGGAGAGACAAUGGGAAUAGGAAAGAGUGUAAGAUCAGGGCAUGUGGCUCUUGGGGAUUUUGGAUAUGGGAAGAAGGAGGCAUUCUCUUAAGAGAAACAAAGGAAGACUGGAGUGUUUCAGAGGGUUAGAGAUGGUGAGAUUUACUCCUGCCCCAUAGAGGUCCUGGACACCUCCACAAUCAUCUCCAAAUUCCCCAGUACAUUUGUAAGUGGAAAUUGGCCCUGAUGACACUCAGCCUCUUCCCUUUUUCAUAGGUUGCCUGAUCUCCCUUCCCUCUUUGGUGCUUACUCAUGUCAGACCCUUUAGCCAAACCCUUGCAUAUAACAGUAUUUUACUCUUCAGUUCUCAUCAUUCCCUCUGGUCAUUGAGCCUUUAGAAGAAAAUUCACAUAGCUAUGGAGCAAUGCUUUGUUGGAAAAGGGGACUUACCUGACUUUACCUCUUCUGGCUCCUCAGUGCGUUGGCAGUUAAGCAGCGUAGAACUUCUCCCACUUUUCAAUGACCAGGUUGUGAAUAUUUCCAUAUGAAUUUUCUAUUAAUGUUAUUGUGGUUCUUUGUUUUGAAAUAAAAAUUCUGAAUGUA